AUGUCUACGAAGCAAAGAGUUGUCUACUUUUAUGAUGAAGACAUUGGCAACUUCUAUUAUGCUCCAAAUCACCCAAUGAAGCCGCAUCGUGUAAGAAUGGCCCAUAAUCUCAUUCUUGCGUAUGAUUUACUUCCGAAAAUGCGAGUUCUUCGACCAAGAAGGGCAACAGCCACAGACAUGACCCGCUUCCAUAGUGAUGAAUAUGUACAGUUUUUGCAAAUGGUAAAUCCGGAAAAUGAAGGAAAACAAAAUGGUCUUUUCGAUAAAUUCAACGUCGGAGAAGAUUCUCCUAUUUUCGAAGGACUCUUCGAAUUUUGUCAAAUUUCUGCAGGUAGUUCAAUAUCUGCAGCUCAAGAAUUAAACAACGGUACAGCUGAUAUUGCGAUUAACUGGGCCGGCGGCCUUCACCAUGCCAAGAAAGCUGAAGCAAGUGGCUUUUGCUACGUUGCAGAUUGUGUUCUUGGCAUUCUCAAGCUUUUAGAACGUUACGAAAGAGUAAUGUAUAUCGAUAUCGAUAUUCAUCACGGUGAUGGUGUCGAAGAAGCUUUCUAUACAUCAGACAGAGUUUUGACAGUCUCUUUUCACAAAUACGGUGAAUUUUUCCCAGGAACAGGACAUUGGACCGAUGUUGGCCUAGGAAGAGGCAAGCACUACUCGGUAAACGUACCAUUAAACGAUGGUAUGGACGAUAUAUCCUACCAAAACAUCUUCAGACCUAUCAUGUCUCGUUUAGUCGAAUGGUAUCGUCCACAAGCGAUUUUACUUCAAUGCGGAGCGGACUCUCUUACAGGAGAUCGCUUAGGAUCCUUUAAUUUGACCAUUAAAGGCCACGCUUCCUGUGUAGAAUACAUGAAAUCCUUCGGAAUCCCAAUGAUCGUCACAGGCGGUGGCGGUUAUACAGUUAGAAACGUCGCUCGUUGCUGGGCUUACGAAACCGCCGUAGUUCUCGGCGAAGAAAUCGAAGAUAAGUUACCAUAUAACGAUUAUCUCGGAUAUUACGGACCAGAUUACCGAUUACAUUUACAGCCAUCGAACAUGGACAACUUCAAUACGCCUGAAUACCUCAACGAACUCCAAGCAAACAUCAUUGACAGUAUUCGCCACCUUCCUUGCGCCCCCUGCGUCCAGCUUUGGAAGCAAGAGGACAAAUUGAACGGCCUUCUUGAAGAUUCCGAUGAUAAUGAUGACGAUAUUUACGAUGACCGCUUAAGUUCGAAAUAUCUUACAGCAAAGCUUCGUCUUAAUACUUUGACUGGACAAGAAAUUGAUGAGGAUGAUAUCCCGCCAAGAUAA